AUGUCAAGUCGGAAGCCUUCGUCAAGUACUCCAAGUCAGACCCAAAUGUCGUCCAGCAAGACGCGGAUCAAGGCCAAACGGCGCUAUUUACUGAAAGUGACGCCAAUUGAAGCGUGGGACCUGCUGCCCACCGAGUCCAUUCGAGGCCGAAGUUCCUACUGUACGCUCGUGCUGCUGGACGAACACAAGCGGGAGAUCAAGGGCGAGAAGCAGCGCACGCCUGCGAUGCGGCACGCGAAUCCCGUGUGGAGUCCGCUGAAAGCUGCGGUACUGCGGUCCUUAGAGAGCAACGUCGAGUCCCACCAGCCACUGGGAAUUGGAGCAGCAGCGGCGUCGGAAGAGUACACUUUUGGGAUCCAGACGAACUUGGUGAACGCCAAGUACGUGCUGGUAAAGUGCAAAGACAAGGGACGAGUCGAGAGCGAGGAUUUGGGACGACUGUUGCUUAGUUUAGAAGACAUGAACACCAGUGGGGAAGAGCGGGUGGCGUGGUACGACUUGCAAUUGCGUCCUGGUGGUAAAAUGAAGCGUGUGCAGGGCAAAGUACGGAUAUCGAGUCGCAUUGUGCGCGAGCCAAGUUUGUGGCAGCUGUGGACGUGUGCGGAGCAGAUGAGGCAGGAGUUGCACGCACGGGAUCGUAGUUUGUACUUGAAACCACAUCCGAAUGUGAUCACGGGCAAAGAGGUACUGGAGUGGAUGCUGUGUCAUGGACUGAAUCGUCCCAUGCGUGGAGGCGUGACGUGCUCGACUGCUGAAGAAGCUUUGUUACUUGGUACAGCGCUUAUUCGUAAUGGAAUCAUGAUGCACGUGUCAGGAGAUCGGAGAUUCACCAAUAGCACGUGGAAGUACUAUCGUUUUAUGGUAAAUCAUUUAGACGCAGCUGUGCAGACGGAAGCUGUCCGACAGCGUGAUAUGAUCCUUUCGGGUGAGGCAGAAGAAGUGGAAGACACGGAAGAGGAGGUGUUGACUCGUUCUAUGAUGGCCACGUCUGUGUGCAAUGAAGAGGAACAUGGAUUAGGUGCGUCGCAAGUGCACGACGAUGUUACCGGCGGUUCGGACGCGACAGGAUCGGCACAGGCUGGAGACUCUGAUAAAGGCAAAUCCAAGUCAACGAUCAAGAUUGAAGACUUUCAGCUGCUCAAGGUACUUGGUACUGGAACGUAUGGUCGUGUGUUGUCUGCACGUGGCCCCGAUGGAAAUGUCUACGCCAUCAAGAUCAUCACGAAGAUUGGCAUGGACGAGAACAUGCGUCGUAACGCAAAGAUUGAGCGGGAUAUGCUGCGUGAAGUUCGCCAUCCGUUUGUGGCGUCGCUGCUAUUUGCUUUCCAGAACGAAGAUAAGGUGUACAUGGGCAUGGAGUUUUAUAAUGGUGGUGACUUGCGCCAUCACUUGACGAUGAACCAGAGUGGCGAGCUGAAGCUUACGCCUGGGCGCAUUGUAUUUUACGCAGCAGAGUUGGUGGCGGGUCUGGCACACCUGCACAGUCUCGACAUCAUCUAUCGUGAUCUCAAGCCAGAGAACGUUCUUAUCCAAAAAGAUGGUCACAUCGUGCUUGUGGACUUUGGCCUUUCAACGUAUGCAAAGGAGGGGGAUGACAAGAAAGCACACUCACUUGCUGGCUCGCCAGAGUACAUUUCGCCUGAGGUUCUCGCUGCCGCAACCCCUAAGAAGGGCGAAGCUCUUGCCGUGUACGACACAACGUGCGAUUGGUGGAGUCUUGGCAUUCUUAUCUUUGAAAUGUAUGUUGGACGUACACCUUUCAAAGACGACAACACUGCUAUUAUGUACCGCAAUAUUGCUGAAGGGUUUUUGUACAUUCCGCCCGAAUUACCUGAAGACGUUCGGUCCCUACUUGCCGGCUUGAUUGAGCGAGAUCCAUCAAGGCGGCUAGGAGCCAAUGAGGCCGUGCCGUUUUCGAUCAUGAUGCACCCGUUCUUCAAUGGUAUUGACUGGGAAGCUCUGCAGCAGAAGAAGGUGCAGCCAGAGUGGGUACCAGACGUCAUCGAUGAUGCUGACGCCAAGUACAUCGACAAUGAGUUCAUUAACCAGGUACCAGUGGAUACACCCGAGUGGCGCAUGCUCGAUUCAGUGGACCGCGAGCAGGAGUACUUUGCAGACUUUACGUAUCGCGCGACGAAAGUUAUUCAGAAGUGA